AUGGAGAGGAUCUAUGAUGCCAAAAGGUGUCCGGACGACAACCGUUUGGCAUUCACAGAGUAUUUGUUGACGGGAGAAGCUAGCCAUUGGUGGUCAAGUAUGAAGAUGUUACUGGCUGAAGCUCAAAGUCCCAUUACUUGGGAGGUUUUCAGAGCUAAAUUCUAUGAAGAGUAUUUCCCGGACAGUGUGCGUUUUGCUAAGGAAGUUGAGUUCCUUCAAUUGGUACAAGGUGGUAUGUCUGUCUCGGAGUACACCAACAAAUUCAAGCACCUGGUCCGUUUUAAUACCAUGGCUACAAGUGAAGAACGGCAAUGCCGGAAGUUUGAGAACGGGCUGAGAAGUGACUUGAAAGUAUUGAUUUCCAGCCUGUGCAUUAGGUCGUUCCCUGCCAUGGUCGAGAGAGCAAAGGUACUGGAGAAGAACGUUGCUGAGGCCGAGCAACAUAAGAAGCAGCAAUUGAGUAGGGGGCCGGUUGUAUCCAGAAACACUGCGAACGCGAGAAGGUCACCAUACGUUCGUCCAACUCAAUCCCCUGGCGGAUCACAAGCCUUGGUCACUGUCGGCCAAUCUGGACAGCCAAGGAGCUUGACAUGUUAUCAGUGUGGAGGACCACACUAUCGUUGGGCUUGUCCUCAGCUGAUUGGGGGAAAAUAUUGCAACAAGUGUAGAAGGAGCGGACACUCAGAUCAGGAGUGUAAUAUGGGAAGACGAGCGGCACUGAGGCCGCCUAACGCUGGAAGAACGCAGCAAGGAAGAGGUGGACGAGCGCAAGCAGUGGGGAGAGUGUAUGCAAUUACUGGUGCUGAAGCUGCUCGUUCAGGUACACUCAUCACCAGCACUUGCUUAUUGUUGGAAAGCCGUGUGGCGUGUUGUAUGAUUCGGGGGCAACUCAUUCCUUCAUCUCGAAGGCGUGCGUUAAGAAACUGGGGCUAG